AAAAGUGAAAAAAAUCAAGUUUGGCCCAGAGAUUUUCUAUGGAGACAACCCUGAUGCAGUUCCUUAUGUCCAGUUGUCACCUCUUGAUGAUGAGAUCGUGGCCAGUUACACAGGCCCUGAUGCCGGGCUAGCAUUUGCUGAAGGUCAUUCUGAGAAUAAUUACUACGCAAAUUAUGUGGCUGGCGUGAGAGACUGGAAUCUACGAGAGCAGCAGGCUUAUGGCAUUUGCAUAUCUUUGUACGAGCAGCAUCCCAUUAGUGGAAAAAUUUCUGGUAUGAGAACCAAUCGCAGACAGCUUUGCCUUAUGUGCCAGAGGAACAAUACCAUUUUAAUGGUAGCGGAUGGGGUUAACUGGGGAGAGAAGUCGCGCCUGGCAGCACGGUGUGCACUCUAUGGAAGCAUGAAAUAUCUCAACUACAAAAUCUUUGAAAGAAAACAUAAGCCAGAAAAUACACAGGAUGUUGUUCGGCUCCUAAGAAAGGCCUUAGAUGAAGCACACCGAGCCAUCAUGGCCAAGGAGGGCGGCCUGACCACUCUGUGCCUGUGCAUGGUGUGCCCUGUGGACAACUCAGACCAACAUGCGGUGUGCUGUGUCAACGUCGGAGACAGCUUCGGGUUCAUCUACUCCAACAAUCAGGGCAUCAGAGAGGUCACGGUCGGCUCCCACGACGUGGGCAGUGAGCGGGAUAUUCGAGAUGCAGGAGGUGCCCUGGGCCCCGUCGAUGGCACCAACCCAGAACUUCACAACCUCACGUGCUCUGUGACGUUCUGCCACCAGGGGGACAUUGUGUUUCUGACAACAGACGGCAUCUCUGAUAAUUUCGACCCGGUUGUGACAAAAAUCGCCCUGCCGAUGCGGCCGAAUGACUCUAAUUUUAAUACCAGAGAAAAACAUGUCUAUGCUUUAAAAGAGAUGGAGAGGGUUGUGCAUGAAUACGAACUUGUUACAGAGGAAGUCUGUUCAGCACAGUCAUUUUGUAGCGCCCUUCUGCAGCAUGUAUUGACAAUUACAGAUCAGAAACGGAAAAUUGUUGAGAAUCCAGCUAUUUAUGCAAAAAGAAAAAUGACUAAAAAGGAUCGGCAGACCCGGGACUCUGAAAUUGUUGAGAAAAUGUCCAAAGCACCAGGCAAGCUUGAUCAUGCGUCUAUUGUGGCUGUUGAAGUAGGUGCUUUUGCAAGACCAUCUAACGAUGGUUCCUUAAAGCUCAAAAUACCAAAUGUAAAUGGUGUCUCUUCUCCAAUUACAGUCAGAGCUGUAUCUCAGCCAAGAAAUAUUCCAGAAACUCCUCCAACACCUACCAACCUUCCACUGUGUGGAUCAGUGCCGCUGUCUCCACCAAGUCACAGCUCCAAAAAAUCUGGGGCCCGGAAAUUCUUUGCCAAGCUCAGAAGUUUACCAUCUUCCCCAACGUCAGUCAAUCCACAGCCUUUGUCUUCAUCUGUACCCAAUGCACCGUUUAGAUCUCUGUCUCCUCCACCAAUCCACACAACACUUCCACAGCGACCCCUGUCUCCGCCAGUCUCAAACUCCACCCCUACAUCUCCAGCUAGACUCCAGACAAGAUCUUCAAGUUCAGAUACCCGGAAAGGCUUGGACUUGCAGUUCUCGCCUCGGAAGUUCCCCAAGAAGCAUCGUCGAGCAAAAACUGCAGAGCUGCACACUCCAUCAUCACCGACAAUUGCAGAGUCUCCUGAGCUUGAUGGAUCAAACCAGCCCCUGUCGUCAGCUAGCCGUUCUCGCCUCAG